AUGGUAACCGCUCUCUAUCCAGGCACCUUCGACCCCGUGACCAUGGGACACCUGAACGUGGCACAGCGGGCGGCCCAUCUCUUCGGCCACUUGAUCGUCGCCGUCUACGACACCCCGUCGAAGAGCCUUCUGUUCAAUACGGAAGAGCGUGUUGGGAUGAUGCGGGAGGCGGUGGCCGACUUGCCCAACGUAUCCGUUCGCCCGUUCCAUGGUCUCGUGGUGAACACCGCGCGGGACGCCGGCGCCGCCGCCAUUGUUCGCGGUUUGCGCAGCGGUCCCGACUUCGAGUACGAAUCGCAGAUGUUCUUCAUGAACCGGCGCCUCGAGCCCGAUGUGGACAUGGUGUCGUUGAUGAGCGAUCAGGAGCACAUGUUCAUCAGUUCCAGCCUGCUCAAAGAGGUCGCCCAAUUGGGCGGCGAAAUCUCCGGUAUGGUCCCCGAGCACGUGGCUCGGGCCCUGGCGGAAAAAUACCAGUUGCCGCAGCGGUAG